AGGCGGGGGGCGGGGAGCCGGAGGGGUGGAAGCCGGCGGCGGCGGCGGCGGCGGCGGCCGAGCGGGGUCAGUUCUCUGUAGUGCUUGCCAAUGUUGGAGCCGUCUGCAAAGUGUCCCUGGCAAGAAGAUGUUCUCAGUGCAACUGAGUCUUGGUGAGCAGACAUGGGAAUCCGAAGGGAGCAGUAUAAAGAAGGCUCAACAGGCUGUUGCUAAUAAAGCUUUGACUGAAUCUACACUUCCCAAACCAGUUCAGAAACCACCCAAAAGUAAUGUUAAUAAUAACCCAGGUAGUAUAACUCCAACUGUGGAACUGAAUGGGCUUGCUAUGAAAAGGGGAGAGCCUGCCAUCUACAGGCCAUUAGAUCCAAAGCCUUUCCCAAAUUAUAGAGCUAAUUACAACUUUCGGGGCAUGUACAAUCAGAGGUAUCAUUGCCCAAUGCCCAAGAUCUUUUAUGUUCAGCUGACUGUAGGAAACAAUGAAUUUUUUGGGGAAGGAAAGACUCGACAAGCUGCUAGACACAAUGCUGCAAUGAAAGCCCUUCAAGCACUGCAGAAUGAGCCUAUUCCAGAAAAAUCACCUCAGAACGGUGAAUCCGGAAAAGAAAUGGAUGAUGACAAAGAUGCAAACAAAUCUGAGAUCAGCUUAGUGUUUGAAAUUGCUCUGAAGCGAAAUAUGCCCGUCAGUUUUGAGGUUAUUAAAGAAAGUGGACCACCACAUAUGAAAAGCUUUGUUACUAGGGUGUCAGUAGGAGAGUUCUCCGCGGAAGGAGAGGGAAAUAGCAAAAAACUCUCCAAGAAGCGUGCUGCAACCACCGUCCUACAGGAGCUUAAGAAACUCCCGCCUCUUCCUGUGGUUGAAAAGCCAAAAUUAUUUUUUAAAAAACGCCCUAAAACAAUAGUAAAGGCUGGACCAGAGUAUGGUCAAGGAAUGAACCCCAUUAGCCGCCUGGCUCAAAUUCAACAGGCCAAAAAGGAGAAGGAGCCAGAUUAUGUUUUGCUUUCAGAAAGAGGAAUGCCUCGGCGUCGGGAAUUUGUGAUGCAGGUCAAAGUAGGCAAUGAAGUUGCUACUGGAACAGGACCUAACAAAAAGAUAGCCAAAAAAAAUGCUGCAGAAGCAAUGCUGUUACAGCUUGGUUAUAAAGCAUCCACUAGUCUUCAAGAUCAACUUGAUAAGACAGGGGAGAACAAAGGAUGGAGUGGUCCAAAGGCUGGGUUUCCUGAACCAACAAAUAACACUCCAAAAGGAAUUCUUCAUUUGUCUCCUGAUGUUUAUCAAGAGAUGGAAGCCAGCCGCCACAAAGUAAUCUCUGGCACUACUCUAGGCUAUUUGUCACCCAAAGAUAUGAACCAACCCUCAAGCUCUUUCUUCAGUAUAUCUCCCACAUCGAAUAGUUCAGCUACCAUUGCCAGGGAACUCCUAAUGAAUGGAACGUCUCCUACAGCUGAAGCCAUAGGUUUAAAAGGAAGUUCUCCUACUCCCCCUUGUUCUCCAGUACAACCUUCAAAACAACUGGAAUAUUUAGCAAGGAUUCAAGGCUUUCAGGUUCACUACUGUGAUAGACAAAGUGGCAAAGAGUGUGUGACCUGUCUGACAUUAGCCCCUGUGCAGAUGACUUUCCAUGCUAUUGGAAGCUCCAUUGAAGCCAGCCAUGAUCAGGAGCAAAGACAUCUAUAUCAGGAACUCCUCCAGCCAUCUUUCCUUCAUGGUGCAUGCCUGGAUUGAGUCAUUCACAAGCCCAUCUCCUAACAGUCGCUGGCAAGAGACAAUGAGAUCACUAUGAGAUUUUUUUUCUUUUUUAAGAUUUUUAUGUUUUAAGCAAUCUCUACACCCAACAUAGGGCUUGAACUCAUGACCGCAAGAUCAAGAGUCACAUGCUUUACUGACUGAGCCAGUCAGGUGCCCUGAGAUCACCAUGAGUCUAAAUGCUUAGGGUGAAAUGAUUGUUGAAGAAUCACCUACAGAGACUACUACAUGAGGAAUUAAAUGCCACAUUAUAUAAUUCGAAAUGUUCUCUCAGACUCAUUAAAAAAAACAACAGGUGAACUUGAUCUUAAUAAUAUACGUUAAUUAACCCAAUAUAUCCAAAGUAUCACUUCCACAUACAAUCAGCUUUUUACAUUAUUGAGGUAUUUAACCAUCUCUCAUAUGUCUCAUUUUGGACUAGCCACAUUUCAAGUGCUCAGUACCACGUAUGUGUUGCACAGCACAGGUCUCUGGGCAUUAUGAUUUGGUCCCUGCCCUUGUCUCCAAUCUCAUCCUUCACCAUUCACCCUGUACCUAACUAAAACCCACACUUUAUGUUCUGGCAGUAUUGAGUUCCCAUAUCUCAUGCUCUUUUGCAUCUGUGUCUUUGUCUACACUGUUCCCUCUGCCUGGGCCAUUCUCUCCUUGCUCUUAAUAGGAACUUUAAUUGUUGUAUCCGUCAGAUCCAACCAAGCUGUCAGUGGCAGUCAAUAGGCCUUCCCCAAAUCUACUUUCUGUGUUAUUCCAUUGUUAAACCUAUCAAACUAUCUUCCCAUUGUUUUUCAUAUUGGUGGACCCUGCUGGGCAGUAACCUCUUGGAGGUGCAGGGCAAUGUCUUAUUCACCUUUGAAUUCUCCUUGUCUAUGCUCUGGCAUGUAGGAGGCACUCAAUUCAUGUUUAUAGGAUGGAAUUGAAUUGGAUUUCUAAGAAAAUUAGAAUAACUUGGAUUUGGUAGAAUUCAUUUGGUAGAACUAGUGAGAGAAGUACAAUGUUUGUCCUAGUAUGCUUUCUCUCAUGGUACCUUAUAAGGACAUUAUUUGUGAAAGCAUUCUGGUACUUUAGUAUGUUGACAUCUGAGUGUUUACGUACUCUGAGUAUAUGUAACUGAGUAUAUGUAGCAUUUGGAAUCUGUCAGUAAUUCUUCCACUGAUCUGUUUGUAAUCUUUAAUUUUUGUAACCUAUUAUGCAUAAGCCUCCGUCCUUCUCAGUGUCCUGAAUUGCUUUCUUCAAGUUCCAGAGCCUGCCUCCUGAUUCUAGCAUUCCGUAUUGUAGUACAUAAGUCGGUAUCCACUGAAUGAUGUCACUGGAGACUGCAGUCCUCAGAAUAUAAAGAGACACGAACUUCAUAGUUUGGAGCAACAAUUACCUAAGACAAAGUGGUUUUUUUUUUUUUUUUUAUUAACAUAAAGGACACACUUAAGUGACAUUGUAUAAUAACAGACCCCAUGUCAUCAUCCUAGAGAUAUCUGUAAUAGGGUUCAGGAAUUCUUUGUGUUACAUAGAUUCAGUGUGGGUUUUGAACUUCAGCUGUUUUUCUUGUUCCACACAUCAAGCCAGAGUGCUGAGUGCCAUGGGGUGUUGACAGAGAGGGAAUGAUCACUGCCGUUGGCAGCUUCCACGAGGUCCCGGAGCUGCCAAAAUUCAAAAUGUAACCUGAUUUUCAUUUACUUUUUAUGAAAUAGGGUGCUAAGAGAGAUAUUAGAAAGGCACAUCAAUUUUAAUGUUUGCUUCGAGAAAUUGUUUUCAUAUAUACUGAUUUUUUUUAUAUUGAAAUAUUUCAGAAUAUUUCCUCUACUUGAAACGUAUCCCAUGAUUAUAGGGCAAAAAUUUCUUCUGCUGACUUUUAACUUUAUUAUAUGAAAUUCCCAUUUUACACAAGUAUAUAUAUUGUGGUUAAGGAAUUUAAUCAUAUCUUUUUUUUCCUUUACAUUUUAUAUUUCAGUAAUUGGCCCAGUAGUUCACAUAGUGUUUUGUUUUUGUUUUUAGAUUUUCUUUAAUUGAGAUAUAAUUGAUAUAUAUAACAUGGUAUUAGUUUUAAGUAUACAACAUUUUAUGUGAAAUGAUUGUCAUAAUAAAUUUAGUUAACAUCUGUCACCACACACAGUUACAAAUUCAAUCAUAUCUUCAAAAAAAAUCAGCAGGAAGUCAGUAGGAACAACUUCUCACCACUGGAUAGUUUAUCACUCAUGGAUGGUCUAGAACAGGAGUCAGCAAACUGUGACCUGCAGGCCAAAUCCAUGCUACCGCUUGAAUUAAGACUGGUUUUUAGAUUUUGAAAUGAUUGGAAAAAAGAUCAAAAGAAGAGUAAUAUUUCAUGACAUAUGAGAAUUAUAUGGAAUUCAAAUUUUAGUGCCCAUAAAUAAGUUUCGUCGGAAAACAGUCAUGCUUAUUCACUUGGGUAUUGUCUAUAGCCACUUUUACUCCACAACAGCAGAGAUGAGUGGUUAUGACAGAGACCUUGACGCCUGCAGAGCCUGAGAUACUUAGUAUCUGCCACUUUACAGGAAAAAAAUUGCUGGUCUAAUUCCUGGACUAGAAGGAAGAAACAUUAGGCAUUCACCUUUUGAAAUUUGUAUCAAAUGGUUAUUUUAAACAUGGGCAUUCAGAGUUCAUUCUCUUUCAGAAAGGAGCCAGUUUUCUGGAAGUAGUUCCCCUAUUACAGCACAGUUAGACUUGAUUGUGAAUUUUGUAUUUAUUUACUCUACAGUGGAAAUCAAUUUUAUUCUCUAAGGGAAUAAUAAGUCUUUCUUUAUCAGUAUUCAUCAGAGCAUUGAAAGAAAGUUUGUACCAAAGGAGGUUACUUUUGUCUCCUUUUGAAAUCCCAUUUAGAAACAUUUCAUAGCUGGACUUUUUUUUUUUUUUUUUUUUUUUAAGUAGUAGGGAAUAUUCUCUUGUUUCCAUGGUGAUCUUUCACUUCUUUUAUUUCAGCUGUAUAAGCAGUUUCCAGAACCAACACUGAGUUAUAGGAGAAGGCAGUGAGAAGACUAAAUAUUAUAUAUUUUAUAACUGAUUCAUGAUUCCAUUUAUGCUUAGUAUAGCAUGACCACAUUUCUAGGAGGGUGCACAUAUCCAGUGAUAUUGUGCCCACAAGUGACUUAUUAAUUUUACCCAAAAAUUAAUUUUGGACUACAGUCAAAACCCACGAAUUUAAUUUAUUGCUUUCUUUCUCCCACUUUUUCCUGAAGUGAUGAUUAACAGCUAUUUUAAUCAACAGAAAGUGUGAAAUUUUAGGUUUCUAAAAACCUGACUUUUCUCAACUACACUAAAAAUGAUUUUUAGGGUGGUUAUUUGACCUGUACCCCAGUUACCUAUAGCUCAGUGUUUCACAACAGAUUAUCUCUUUGAAGAUAAUUUCAUGUUCAUGAUCUCAACAAAUUAUAGAACCAAAAAUAUUUUCUAGAUUUUUCUACCUAAUAAGUUUUGGUCAACUUGGGACCUGCAUACAAACUCCAUGUCAGUAGUUACUUGAUCUUUAAACUUUUCUUUUUUAAUGUUUAUAUAUUUUUGAGAGAGAGAGAGAGUGUGUGAGUGGGGGUGGGGGAGGGGCAGAGAACGAAGGAGAGACAGAACUCAAAGCAAGCUCCAGGCUCUGCACUGUCAGCACAGAGCCUGAGACAGAGCUUGAACUCACAAACUGUGAGAUCACAAUCUGAGCCGAAGUCAAACGCUUGACUGACUGAGCCACCCAGGCACCCCAUUAGUUCCUUGAUUUUUAAUUCAGUAUUCCAAUUUUACAUUAUUUAAGUAGGAAUUUAAUAUUUCUACUGUUCUGUAGAUCCAUAUAUUUGAAGUUGAUUUGAAGAUCAUUAGGGAAAUAUUCUACAAACCUUUCUGUUAACAGUUCAUACUAAUGAAUCAUAACCAGAUAUAUUAUUAAACCAAUAAAUACCA